AAUGGCGCUGUCCUGUAUGCAGAUAGCUCUCAUGAUUGGGAUGCUUGUUACUGGUAGCAUAAACACGAUCAGUAAAAAAGCACAGAAUGAUUGUGUUGCCCCAGGAUACCCAGACAGAAGUGCCAACAGUACAACAACACCACAUGACUUUGACCACCCCUGGUUUCAGACCUUCAUCAUGUUUAUAGGUGAAAUGUUUUGUCUGUUUGGUUUAUGUGUCAUCAGAAGAAGAGAAAGAAUUGCAUAUGCAAAAGAGGUGACGAGCCAGACACUUCCUCAAGCUCCCAUUCGUCCUCUACAACAGAAAAGAGUUUUUGAAUUUAUUCUGAUUGUGCCGACCUUGUGUGACCUUUUCGGGACAUCACUAGCUGGGAUCGGCCUCCUGUAUGUGGACGCCUCAGUCUGGCAGAUGCUCAGAGGGUCCAUCAUCAUAUUUGCAGGGAUUCUGUCGAAAAUAUUUUUGAAAAGGAAACUGACGUGUAUCCACUGGUCUGGGAUGAUUGUGACGAUGUUUGGUCUGGUGUUGGUGGGAUGUUCUAGUGUCUUCAAGAGUCAAGCUGGAACAUCGGCAUCCAACACUCUGCUUGGUAUUGCCCUGAUAGUCUCCAGUCAGAUUGUCAGCGCCAGCCAAAUGGUUAUUGAAGAACUGUUUUUGAAGAAAAGAAAUUUUCCCCCUUUACAGGUUGUUGGUAUGGAAGGGACAUUUGGUCUGCUCUUGAUGAUGUUUAUUGUGCUCCCUGCCAUGUACUUUAUCCCGGGGAAGCAGGUCAACAACAGCUAUGAGAACAGUCUCGAUGCUCUCUACCAGAUAGGAAACAGCCCUCGUCUCCUGAUAUUCUGUCUGCUGUACCUCAUCUCAAUUGCAUUCUACAACUACUUCGGGUUGUCUGUGACCAAGUCACUCACAGCUGUACAUCGGACGCUGAUUGAUGCGUGUCGGACCAUGCUGGUUUGGGGAGUAGAUCUGUUCAUCUUCUAUGCAUUCGACAAGAACUUUGGGGAGCCAUUUGACAAGACAUAUGGACUGUUGCAAGUUGAUGGGUUCUUCUUCUUGAUGAUUGGCACAGCCCUGUACAACAACCUGCUGGACUUCUCCUGGUUACCCUGCUGUCAGACAGGCCAGGAGAUGCAGAACAUCCGCCCUGAACAGCGACACAUUCAGGGGGCCGAGGAAUCCUACUCCUCUGUCGAUGAACGCUCUCGACUGCUGGACGACAAUAAGCGUUCAUAUGACUAGGCAGCUGGAUGACAAGCGAUCAUAUGACUAGAUAGCUGUAAAACGCGCAGUCAGCACUCACUGGAGAUACGUCAUCGUAGGUCUGUAGGUUCAGCUUGGUCCCUGCACCCAUGAUGAGGAUCAGGUGUUUACAGUGUGGACCUGGCUGAUUGAGAGUCUACAUUCCCCAUCCCAUCAUUGUCAAUCACUACUCGUGCCUUCAGUCACUGGUUUGGCAGGUUCAGCCCACCAAGAAGGAAUAUUGCUAACUGGGGCUUAAAACAACAUUCUCAUUUGUGAAAAUUAACACUGCAAAGUUUUUGUAAAACAAAAUGGGUUUGGAUUAACACUCUUGGUUCUAUAAUGUAUUACAGGAUGAUUCCAGCUGAUCAGAGUUGUCCAGUUCCUCUAUGAUCUCAUAUCAGACAAGUGAUCUGUCCCCUCAAAUUGAACCGAAAAACCGUUCUUAAUCCAUAUUCUUGCCAUAGGAAAUUCUAUGUACAACAAAACCCUGACAGCUUAAAAUGUUCUCCAAUCACUUGUUACUUGGAUUCUCGACGUUUGAUAACUUUUAGCAAUAUUCCAGCAAUAUCAUGGCAGGGAACACCAGAAAUGGGCUUCAUACAUUGUACCCAUGAGGGGAAUUGAACCCAGGUCUUCAGUGGGAUGAGCUUUACCAACUAGGCUACCCUAGAUUUUGUAACUCACCAUGGUGCCCAGGGUGCACUCAUCAGUGGACUU